AUGUUGAAGCUAUGGCAGAAUUACUUUAGAACUCUCCCGAAGAUGUACACACUGGGUUUUUUAAUGCUACCAGCAUUAGCUAUUCUCGGCACCUGCGCCGCUUACUACGGGGACGGAUACGCGGGUAGAAACCUGAUUGUAAGGGAGGAGCCCCAAGAUGAUGAAGGAGAGUUGGUAGAGUGUCCAGUCUGUACCAAUGCUAGGAAUGGCGAAUGGGUGCAGAGUAAUGAAAUCUGUCCCAUCGUCAGAGGCAACAAAAGAUACAAGAGGUGCCAGCGAGGAACCACAAUGUAUUGUAUUAUUUGUGGCAUAGUUGAUGAGGAUUAUGAUGAAAAUUCAAUUGCAUUUCACGUCAAUAGUCCAAAACACAUAUGCAAUGAAAUCCUUGCUGAAUAUUGUCAUAAUAAAAAAGCUUUCAGCAAGAAUCGAGAAGGUAUUCACAUUUUUACCGAUGCUGAAAUGUUGAUUGAAAAAAAUCUGAAAUUAAUAACUAAAUCCACUGAUAAACAUAAGAUAAGGAUUGUUGUUAAACCAAAUAUAAUGGUGAAAUUUUCAUUCACUAUUUCAAAUGACACCAGAAAUGAUGAUAUGUUAGUUGUUGGCUUCCAAUUGGCUCAUCCUCAGCCACAAUUCAGUAUGAACGAUCAUCCAUAUAUUUUUGGGCAAGAUCCACAUGUUUUAGAGAAAAGUUAG